CUCAGCUCAGUUUAAUACGUUCUCUCCGCUCGAAGGAUUCGUUUCGCAUCUGCUGCUGCUGCUAGGCUAGUGUGUCUUCCGUAUCCUAGAAUCGACGGCACUGUGCGGCGCUUUUGGGGCACACUUAAAACUCAAACAACUGGGGAGGUUGAUUAAGAUUAAAAAAAAAAAACACACACACACAGAAUAAAAAGAAAAACUGUUUUACAUUUCGGGACAAGCAAAUUUAGACAGUUGUAAUAAUAAUCAUAUUGGUGCUUUUGCUGCUCUGCGGUGAAGUGGUUUUUUUUAUAGACAUUGUGCUCUCUUGAAUUGUGCUGUGUAUUUGCUCGGAAUUACGAAAAAAUGUCCUCAAGGACGAUGACAUUGUGGAUGUAAAAAGUCAAAAAAAGGAUUGGUACGAGUUUCGAGUGGAAAAAGUUUCUGUUGCGUUUCGGAUUGUGGAAAAGUUAUUGCUUAGAGAUGUUGUAAAAAGGAAAAAAAGGAAACACACUUGAAGGAUUAUUGUUGGGGGUGUCUUUGUGUGAUAAAUCAACUUCUAAUCUGACGCGGAGUGGUUUUGGGAUGAGUGAAAAGGGUUGAAACAGCAGAGUCGAAGGUUUUCCAUCCUGUCAGCAUAUACCCCCGUACCAUAUCAUACCAAACCAAACCACAAGGCUAUCGAAGUGUUCGAAGUGUCCGAUGAAGUAGGGCAGAUUUUCUGAGGCAGGUUGGAUCAGCGGCCGAAAUAAAUAAUAACAGGAAUAGGAAGUGUAGAUGCCAAUAUGAAAUUCAAUAUUUUCAACAAGCUGACAAUGCCAGUUGCGACGACAAAGAUGAUGGUGGAAUGUGAUAAGGGCUUACGACAGUGAUCAGAGGGAGGGUCAAGGUGUGGGGGAGGAGGUCCAUUUUGCUCUUAGUAUUGUUGCUGCUGCCAUUAUUGGAAGACCAACCUUCUACUGCUGGGAAAAUCAAAAGGAAUAGAAAGAAAGCUAGCAGAACAGCGAAAAAAAAAAAUCAACGGAGAGCACGAGCACGAUUGAUGACCGAUUGUUGUACGGGUGUUGGAUUGAAAGUGUGCAGUGAUGAAUACGGUUCAAAGCACGGGACAUGCAAAUGUUAGAAAUAAAAAGGACUCGCAGUUCGAGGAGCUAACUGUUUCUUCUUCCGAAAAAAGAAAUUGGAGAGGAAUUUUUAUAGCUCUUUUAGUAAUAGCCGCAGUUUUGGGUCUUAUUGUGUUUUCUAUUCUGCUUCUCUCACCAGAGCUCGAAUCGGCACGACUCCAUGGAAAGCGAAUACAUUUGCACGAUGUUCAAACCGGUCAAUAUCAAUGGAAGGAGAAUAAUGGAACCUGGUUGAACAAAUACGAAUUCGUGUUCAUCAGCCCCGGGGGCGGUUUAUCGUCGUUAUAUGUGGGUGGCAUUCACAACCUGAACGUUAAGGUGUUAAUGAAUAACUCUACCUUUAGACAAUUAAAUGUUGAUAAAUAUAUCGUUUCGCCAGAUCAAAACUACGUUCUUUUAUACUCGAACUCACAAGUGUUAGAAAAUACAAGUUAUUUUAUCUACGAGUUAGCAACAUCCAACAUAUUCCCACUUUCGGCGAAAGAAGGUGACCAAACAGCGCCCAGCCUGCAACAUGUGCUCUGGGCACCCCGACAGGCGGUCCAGCAGCCGGAGACGGGAGGCAAUGCGGCAGGUGGUGGCGUCGGGUCAAGCAAUGGCGGCUCCCUGCAGCAAGGAAUCGCCUUCGUCCACGAGGGGGACAUCUACUAUAAGCCUAAGGUGCAAAGUGAUUUAAUAUGUAGAAUAACGUCGAACGGUAAAAACGAUUUUGUACUAAACGGUGUGCCGGAUUGGUUAUACUCCAAUGUAGAAGAAUUGAGAAGUGCUUCCUUAAUGUUUUCCCCAGACGGACAAUAUUUAUCAUAUUUAUCGUUCAAUGUAUCCAAUGUUCAUCAGUAUCAGUACGUUUGGUACGGCGAUAACGAGCAGUAUCCGAGUGUGAGGAGUAUCCGGUAUCCGAAAACGAGCUCGCCCAACCCGAACGUCACGGUGCACGUGGUCAACUUGAGCGUGCUGAAACUAAUCUCGCAAAAAAUGAUCACCGUGCCAGCUUCCGUCGGUAACGACAGCUACGUCGGGGGAAUGGAGUGGCUGUCACCGGUUGAGCUGUCCGUCACCUACACCAAUCGCGAGCAAAACAUUUCCCACGUCCUGCUCUGUGCGGCACCGAAUUUCAUCUGCUCGGAGGUUUUCACCGAACGAGCUUCCGAGAAUGGAUGGGCACUAAUCGCCGAAAAGCCAUAUUUUGUAACGAUCGAAUCGGAACCAGAAGCAGCCCCAUUGAAGAAUAAUAACGCAACGAACGAGAGCAAUUUCACCAACGGAACAACGACAAAGGACAACCCGGCAGCGAAAGUAGUGGACACAAGAAUGGCAAAACGCGUCGUUUUCAUGCUGAGACGACUCAACGUACGUGACGGCUCUCACGGUUAUUUCCGACAAAUAGCCCUCAUCCCAUUGGAAACGAAACGGCCCAUCAUCCUAACGCUGGGCCUAUUUGAAGUGACGGAAAUUCUCGGUUAUGAUAGCAUCCGGGGAAUGUUGUAUUUUAUUGCGGCGCCCCAGCGGAAACCCGGUCAGCGCCAUCUAUACAGCCUGGUGCUGGAGCUGUUUCCCAAUCCCGAGCAAAUCAUCAAGAAGGUCGAGAAGAUGCAGCUGACUUGCAUUACCUGUGAGGCCGAACCGUACGAUUCGUUCAGUUUGCUGCGAGGGGCCAACGAAACGGCAGAAAAAAUGCAUAUCCCCAACAAUUGUUUGUUCAACAAAAUCUACUUCAACGUAGACUACACGCACUACGUUCAGGAAUGUCUCGGGCCGGAGUCGCCGUCCUUGUACCUGGUAGAAGCAUUAAAUAAUAAAAAGAUUUUUGUACUAGACGACGGAAACCGACUGAGGGCACAAUUGGCCGAGUUGGCCAAACCACAAAUUAUGACGUUCAGCGUAGAAAUUAAGUACGAUUUUAACGCACAGGUGAAAAUAUUUCUUCCACCCGGCAUCAAAGAAGAUGACGACAUGCUUCUUCCCCUGAUCCUUCAAGUAGACGCUACGCCGGAGUCGCAGCUCGUGUCCGAAAAGUUUAACUUCGACUGGAAUUGGUACCUGUGCAGCUACCAGUCCUACAUCAUUGCUCAAAUAGAUGCCAGGGGAUCGGGCUUCCAGGGCGAGGCACUGAAGACGCAAAUCCGCGGUAAAACCGGAAUCGAAGUGGAAGAUCAGCUGUCGGUGUUAACAUACUUGAGAGAUCAUCUGGACCUCGUUGAUCCCAACAGAAUUUGUGCCUACGGUUGGGGGUACGGCGGAUAUAUCGUUUCGAUGAUGUUGGCUAGUGAUACGGAUAAUGUGCUGAAAUGCGGAGCUGCCGUUAAUCCGAUCGUGUCUUUCAAGUAUUACAAUUCGUUCUUCACGGAACGAUACGUCAUCCAUGCGGCAGAUAACGGUCGAUCUCUACUGGACUCCGAUCUUUCGAUGAAAGCGGGUAAUUUCGCCAACCGCAAGUAUCUUCUCAUACAUGGAACAGCGGAUACUUUAGUACAUGAACAGCACACGGCACUAUUCACGAAGUCGUUGAUAGAAGAGGGCGUAAUGUUCAGACAUCAGGUCUAUGUUGAUGAAAACCAUGCUUUAACCGGAGCCAUCAAGCACGUCUACGACACUAUCGAAGCUUAUUUCGAAGAAAAUUUCUUGAACGACAACCAUGAUUGGACUGCAGCUUUCUUCCUCUCUAAAACAUAACUCAUAAUAUAGGUUCUUUGUUAUGAUCGAUUCGAAUAAUGUGACUAAACAAAAAAAAAUCGAAGAUUUCAGUAUAUAUUAAAAUGAUAAUUAAGAUUUA